AUGCAGGUGAUCCGCCGGCCGACCGACCGGCCUCGCGCGCACAUCGUCGCUCGCCGUCGAGCGGACCACCGUGACGCGCGGAUCGUGGGAGAAGAUAGACCGGCCGGCCGACUGAAGGAGGGGAUCGAGACGACGGGGGCCCUGGCGUCGUCGAUCGCGUCGCACGUGCCGUCGGUGCUGAGCGCGGGGCUGUCGCUGGCGGUGCUCGCGAGCCCCGGCGAGAUCAUCCGGCGGGCGUCGCGGCUCGAGGACGAGCUCAAGGAGCUGCUCCGGGUGGACGGCGGCGGCCGCGCGACGGGGCCGCAGGCGGGGGAGCAGCAGGGCGCCGGCGGGCAGCAGACCAAGGAGAGGUUCCUGCGCGCGUACGAGCGGCUCAAGAGUCAAGACGAGCUCCUCAACGACCGCGCGUUCAACCUCGACUUCACCGAGGAGACCAGGCAGUGGCUCGCCAAGAUGCUGGACUACAACGUACCUGGAGGUAAACUGAACCGUGGGCUCUCGAUGAUCGACAACUACAUGCUGCUGAGGGAAGGGACAGAGGUCGACGACUUGGACUUCUACCUGGCCCGCGUGCUCGGUUGGUGCGUCGAGUGGCUCCAAGCGUCUGGUCUUGUGCUAGACGACAUCAUGGACAACGCGUACACGAGGCGAGAUCAGAUUUGCUGGUUCCGACGACCUACACGUUUGAUCAAAAAGUACUUUAGAGAAAAAACUUACUAUAUUGAUAUCUCUGAAUUAUGGAACGAGAUAGCUCUGCAGACAUCUUUAGGACAGAUGCUUGAUCUUAUUAGCACACAUAAUGGGGCAGAUGAACUUGCAAAAUACAAUAUAGAAGGGUACCGUCGUAUUGUCAAGUACAAGACAUCUUACUAUUCCUUUUAUCUCCCUGUUGCUUGUGCAUUGCUGUUGUCUGGUGCAAAAUUGGAAAACUUCAGUGAGCUAAGGGAUAUACUCAUUGAAAUGGGUAUAUAUUUUCAAGCACAGGACGAUUACUUGGAUUGUUUCGCUAAUCCUAAUACCAUAGGCAAGAUUGGGACUGACAUUGAGGAUCACAAGUGUUCCUGGUUAAUUGUGCAAGCUCUUGGCCAUGCCAAUAUUAACCAGAUAGAAGUAUUACUUAAAAACUAUGGGAAGAAGGAUUCAACCUCUGUUUCCAAAGUGAAAAGUACUUACUCGACUCUUGAUUUAAAGGACAUGUUCUCCGAGUUUGAAGAUCGAGCAUACAAUCACUUGGUCACAUCUAUCGAAGCCCAGCAUGACCGUGCUGCGCAGGAGAUCCUGAAAUCGUUUCUGAAGAAAAUCCACAGAAGGAAAAGGUAGAAGAGUGAAAUCUGACUCGUGUGGACAACAGGACAGCUGCUCGCGUCAGGGGGACAUCUUCAGCCCUAUCCUUCAGAACAUUCAGAGAUCUGAAGAAAAGGUUGAUGAAACCGACGAGGCAUGAGUUCCCAAUGACUUGUGUAUUAUCGGUCAGUUCCAAAUGGUUGGUAUUUCAAAAUGUUUGUUACACAGCUACUAGCUAAUAGCUACAUGUAUUCAUGGUUGUUUCAUGUGAACUGUAUCAAAUCUAGUGCAUGUUUUCCUCCGUGAAUGAAGGGAACCAAGUCGCCGCAAAUGGAUGGUUUUCUGGUUCUUCCUCUGUUCUAUUUCGCCAUCCAUGCAAUUUAUGUAUAACUGUUGUAGUGCUAUGAUUGUUUACUGUUGUCUUU